UUGUGGGGAGAGCGGCAAUCACUGGAGAGGGGAUGUCGGGCUGUGCUGGGCACCGCGCUGCCAGCACUGGAGCAAGGUGCUGGAGAGCCGCUGGGAGAGGUCAGGCGAUGCCAGACCCCGAGCCGCCGGGACAGCCGGGCGUCGGGCCCCGUCCUGGGACCUGGCUGCCAGCUGGGAGGCGCUUCCCAUCACUGCGGCGGGGGGUGGGGCAAGGCGGGGGCCGACCGCUGGGGCGCAGGAUGCAGCCCGAGUCCCCAGGCCGGCACUCAAUAAUGGAGCCAGGCUGCAACCCACCGCCGGGGAAGAGGCCGCGGCUGGACGCCCAGGCCCGGGAGGAGUCGGCGGCCGAGCCCGAGGCCCGGGAGACGUCGGCGACGGGCGCCGGAGCCCGGGAGGGGCCGGAGGCCGAGGCCCGUGAGAAGCCGGUGGCUGAUCCCGAGGCCCGGGAGCGGCAGGACGACACCGAGGCCCGGGAGGGGCCGGAGGUCGAGGCCCGGGAGCGGCAGGGGCCGGAGGCCGAGGCCCGGGAGCGGCAGGACGGCGCUUACUUCCACUCGUACUCGGACGUGUCCAUCCACGAGGAGAUGAUCGCGGACGCGGCGCGGACCGGCUCCUACCGCCGGGCGCUGCAGCGGGGCUGCGGGCGCGGGCCCGGCGGGGGCGCGCUGCUGCGCGGCCUGACGGUGCUGGACGUGGGCGCGGGCACGGGCAUCCUCAGCGUGUUCUGCGCGCAGGCGGGCGCGGCGCGCGUGUACGCGUGCGAGGCGUGCGCGGUGAUGGCGGAGCGCGCGCGCGAGGUGGUGGCGGCCAACCGGCUGGGCGCGCGCGUGCACGUGGUGCCGGGGCGGGUGGAGGAGGCGCGGCUGCCCGGGCGGGUGGACGCCAUCGUCAGCGAGUGGAUGGGCUACGGCCUGAUGUACGAGUCGAUGCUCCGCAGCGUGCUGCACGCCCGCGACCGCUGGCUCCGGCCCGGCGGCCUGCUCUUCCCCUGCCGCGCCCAGCUCUACCUCGCCCCGGUGACCGACCCGGCCCUGCAGGAGCGCCUGUCCUUCUGGGCCGGCGUCAAGGAGCGCCACGGCGUCGACAUGGCCUGCAUGGCCGCCUUCGCCCGCCGCUGCCUCAUGAACGACGAGAUGGCGGUGGGCGCCCUGCACGGCGAGGACGUCCUGGGCCGGCCUGCCAUGUUCGCCGCCAUCGACCUGUACACGGUCACCGAGCGGGAGCUUGGGGAGCUGGGCGGCUGCUUCACCACCACCUCCUUCGGCACGGCCACCAUGCACGCCUUUGCCCUCUGGUUCGACGUUAUUUUCCCCACCGGGGCCCCUGCGAGGGGAGUUGGCCGUGCUCCCCCUGCAAACGGCACCAUUGACCUCAGUGCAACCCAUGCCAAUGCAUACGGCCCCAAUGCUGAGGGUCCAGGUGGACCUGGUCCACAGGCACCCUCUGUCAAUGCAGAUGAUCAUACUGGAACCACUGCAAACGAUGACCGCCCUGCAUCUGAUCCCAGUCCCCAUGCGGUCAGUGCUCAUGUGGUUAGUGCUAAUACUAGCAGCCACAAUGCGUUCACAACCAACAGUGACAACCUCCAUUCAUUUAAUAUCAAUGGCGAUGACCACAAGACAGUUGAUGUUAAUGUCGAUGACCUGGAGCCAGUUGUCUUGUCGACUUCUCCCUUCGCAGAGGAAACGCACUGGAAACAAUCCAUUCUCUAUCUAGAUGAACCUGUUGAAGUAUUCCAGGAUACUGUGUUAAAAGGAAAAAUAACAUUAACUCCCGCAGAAGAUAACCCAAGAUACCUCCGUAUAUCUUUGACUUAUGAGAUUGGAGAUAGUGGGAAAAAAACAAAAAUAUUCAAAAUGGGGGAGGAUUUCCCUCCCUUUGAAUGAUAGGUUUGAGAAUGUGCAUGUGAACUCUUCAGUGACUGGGCAUCUUUUCACUGUUUGGUUUCCAGUUAUUUUCCCAACUGCUGAUCCCAUCAUCCUCUGAAAGAUUCAUUGUGAGAAUGUGUCUCAAUGCAGAAAACCCACCCAGACAGCUGAUAGGAGAAACAGUCAAGUCAGGAGAAAAUGGAUGCUUCUAGGUUUCAUGGCAGGAAUGAAAAUUGUGAUUUUUGGGACCAAUGCCACUGUCUAUCUUGAAUUUUCAUGGAGAAUUUGCUGUAAGUUGCUAAGCAGUCACCAAAAGCCAAAACAAUGGGGAACCAAGCAGCUGCAAAAGGUGUGUGCAUUCAUGGGACUAGCACGUGUGUGACCAUGGGGUUAUUGUAGAGGGCAACCACAAAGCAUGGACCAGGUCUAAUAUGAUCCUACCAACAUGGUUCAGUUCAGUUUGAAG